GGUGGAAGUAUAUUAAUACAGAGACAGAGAGGACAGAUUCAAGUGCUUAGUCACGCAGCUGUCAUUCGAUAUUGCAAACCCACCCCCUCAUUAUCUUCCUUUGUAGACAGCAAAUUAGAGUUUGCAGCUGUCGGAUCUCUCUCUCUCUAAAGGCCACCACUUUUUUGCCCUUUUAUUUUUAAUUUAACCAACCCAAACCCAUUUGUUGUCAAGAAGCUCAUCAAGUAAUAAACAGCAUCAUAGACUAGCUCCAUCUAUCAUUUUCUUUGUCUCAAAUCUCUUGUAAUGAUUCUUUUGUGUUGAAAAAAUGGUUGAUGAUUGAGGACAGAAGCACGCAUAUAGAGCAGAAGCGCAGACAAUAUAAUGAGGUGGAAGAGGAGAAUGACAGGAUUAAGAAGAGAUAUACUGAUAUGUGAAUGAUAUAUCAGGAGUUCAUGCAUGAACAAGGAUACCCAUUUUCCAUUUUGAUGAUUUGCAUGCCAUGGCUUAUCCACAUUAUCGAUCUCAGUUUGGAGACACAACGUUCACAAAAGUGUUCGUUGGUGGCUUAGCUUGGGAGACCCCCACUGAAGAAAUGCGUAGAUACUUUGAGCAGUUUGGAGAGAUUCUUGAAGCUGUUAUCAUCACUGAUAAGAACACAGGAAAAUCUAAAGGAUAUGGAUUUGUUACUUUUCGUGAUCCUGAAUCGGCCAGAAGAGCUUGUACUGAUCCAAACCCUGUGAUUGAUGGAAGAAGAGCCAAUUGCAAUAUUGCUUCUCUUGGACGGCCUAGACCAUCACCUCCCAGAGGAAGACCACAAGGUGGCACUCCUUACCAGGGAAGCCCAUCAUAUAGUGGAGCAGCAGCGCCAUUGCCUCCUCCAUUUCCACCACCACCACCCCCGCCUCCGCCGCCACCUCCUGUUAUCUAUCCACAUUUCGGGUAUCCACCUUACACUCCUGACUACGGGUACCAACAGGCUAUCUAUAAUGCACAAGCUCAACAGCCUCAAUACUAUCAACAAGUGUACGGAACAUCAUCGUCAGCCAUGGGCUCACCAUACUACUAUCAUGGCUACUCUUUGCAACCUAUAAGGGGAGCACGUUCUGCCCCCCAUCCUCAACGUUUGCUAGGACCCUCAUUUUUAUACUAUCCCACCAGCACUUUCGACCAAUCCUUCUCCACAUAUCCUCCUCCGCCUGCUAUGCAACCCACAAGGCAUCCCUUUACCUCUUCUACAGAUUCACAGCAGACUCCACAGCAUCCCGCAACAGAAACAGAAGCUGGUGUGGUUACUUCGGAAACUUCAAAUCCUUAGCUUAACCAAGAACUCAUCAUCAACAUAUAUACACACGAUUCGGUGAAAAGCUUAUUUUGUAAAAUCUCCAUAACUUGAUUGGUGGGUCUUCCUCUCACUUUAUCUCUCUCCUUUAUUCUCAAAACUCCCAUAUCUGUCGUCUUCGCAGAGAUAAUUCAUUAAUCUUCUCUCCCCAGCUGCUGCAGGAAAGAUUUCGGACUAAUCGACCACCUUAUGCAGAUCUUUCUUUUUUUUCCUUCAAAAAAGAAAAAUCAUCUAUUAUUCUUUUGUGAUGUUGAUUUGAGUUAAUUAUUCUAAAUUAUAAAAUAUAAAAAUCUUAACAUCUUUUUACAAAAUGUGUAUUACAGGGAAGUAGAGUCCCUCAAUAAUAAAUUUAAUUCGUUAAACCUA